AUGAUACAAAAUGAAAGUGAACCUAAACGAAGAACUUCUACUCUGCGUCCAAGGGAAAUAAGAAAGAAACCAUCAGGACACCUCAAGCCUCUGGAAGAAGACGACAUCGAGAACGACGAGGUGGUUUCCGUCGCCAUAGGGCCCCCCGCUAUACGGCCCAAGUACGAGAAACCCGUGUGGAAGCAAUCCUCGCGUUCAGGUAUUAACGGCACAAACAACACCUCCUCGACGAGACUGGUGAAGGAGGUCCUGGUACAGUUGGGGCGAGAGUUCUUAACACACCAGGUCAAUGAGGACUUUGUGUUCGGCCAAUACAUCGGCAAUGCGAUGAGGAACCUGAAAAGCGACCUGAGAUUGCGCAUGCAGCACGAGGUGCUGGACCUAGUCGUGAAGUAUCAAAAGCUGAAUCGGGGGGAGAUCUUGAAAACGGAGGAGCCAAGUAUAACGGAGGAUAGAAUUGUUGGUCUUAAAGAGACGAAGGGGGAGAAAAAGGCCGCGUGUUCUAACGACACAGAAGAGUCUUGGCCGGACUUCCCGAACUUUGCGAAAAUAGUUGGU